UAGUCUAGUGAGAUUAAUGACAAAAUGUUUAAUAACCGAAUCGUAAUAUAAAUCGUGAUAAUAUUAUAUUGGCUAGCUCCGAAACAACCAGUCAGUUUGGUUUGGUUUGGUUUGGUUUCAGAAAUAGUGAAAUGAAAAUGCCACAAUAUGCAUAUUUGAUAUAUUAUCAUUUAUCUUUUUUUCCUAAUUAGCUACCGUUUCUUGUAAAAAAAUUUCUUGUGCAUUUUGACCACUCUCUCCACUAUGCGAGAGAGAAGAAUAGCCCAGGCUUGAGGUAUAUUAUUAAAUUUAACCACUUGGGUUAUUUUAUUGUAUUAGGCCUCAAGUGACUGCAAUAUUUGAGGCAGUAGGAUUUUUCCUGUCCACAUUUGAUGGUUGGCAAACAGAUUGUCUGUUCCCCCUCGUUAUUAUUUGUCCAUUUCCUUCUGCAACGUGGGGGGUCAUGAACACUUCUUUGAAUCCUUUUUGUUUCUUCCCCUCGGAAAAAGUCAAUUUCUGAUGAGUGAAUUUUGUUUUGCCAGUGACAGACUUAUACCUGAAAUAUACUAGAAAAAUUUUCCUAGAAAUUAUUAAGAUUUUCGUUGGAAUUUAGACUUCCUUUUUUACUUAAAAUUAUACGGGUUGACAUUUAGGCGUAGAAUCUAAAAGCAAGUUGAGGAGAAAAACACAUUAGAAGAAAUAAUUUACAAUAGUUGAGAAACGCCAUUUCAUGUGGGUCUGUCGAACUAUUAUUGUCAUAAGAAUUUUAUUAAAAUAGACAACAAAUGGAAAACACCCUUCAUCCUAGCCCAUAGAAUGAAAGAAAAUGUGUAUAGGUUCCCCGGUCAACCAUUGUGAUGUAUUAAAAGUUUAAAACUCAUAGUUGCAUUACUUCAAUGGAUACGUAUUGGCUUCCUUAGAGAUUCCCUCUAUUUUUCUGCCUGUCUCAGUCGCUUUUUGGAGUCCUUUCCCUUUCAUGGCAUCUAAGUAGCUAGUUAGGCUUCUGUGCUCUCCAAAAUAGUGCGACAAAACAAAGUCAUCCUUGCAAUCUUGUUGGUGAUGGAUAGUGCAUUGGGCUCUCAAUGAUGAAUGAUCCCAGAUUUGACUUCAUUCCCCCAUCUAUCCCCAGUUAUAUAAAGGGCCAUGACAAGUCAUGUACGACUCCUCUAGUACACCUAAGAAUGCCACAAUGACCAGCCAACAUCUUCUUUCCCUUCUUUUCUUCCAUGCCCUUUUCCUUUCUUGUCUUCCUCUAAGCCUCACAGCAUCUCCAAGAACACAAGCCCAAGCUCUCAUCAGAUGGAGAAAUUCCUUCACUUAUUCACCUCCUCUCAGUUCCUGGUCUCUCUCCAACCUCAACGACCUCUGCAGCUGGAGUGGCAUCUCCUGCGGUCGCUCCACCGGGGCCGUUUCUGGUAUCAAUCUUUCCAACUUGAACAUAACUGGAGAUCUUUCUCAGUUUGACUUCGGUCCAUUUGCCAAUGUCACCAGCUUUGAAGUUCAGAAUAACUACAUUGGUGGGACAAUACCUUCCAACAUUGGUAGCCUUACCAAGCUAACUCACUUGGACUUGAGUCUCAACUCCUUUGUUGGGGACAUACCUGUGGAGAUUGGGCUGCUAACGGAGCUACGUUUCGUUAGCGUUUUUAACAACAAUCUCAACGGUACGGUCCCUUAUCAGGUCUGCAAUCUUCAAAAGCUGCAGCACCUUGACCUUGGAGCCAACUACUUGGAGACUCCUGACUGGUCCAAAUUUUCGGGUAUGCCUUCGUUGACACACCUGAGCUUUUUCCUCAAUGAAUUUGCUCUGGGAUUCCCUGAUUUUGUAUCUGAUUGCCGGAACUUGAGGUUUCUGGACUUGUCAUGGAAUCAGUUCACAGGCCAGAUACCAGAGUGGGUCUAUACCAAUCUGGGAAAUAUUGAGUCUUUGAAUCUCACCGCGAAUUCAUUCCAAGGACCAUUGUCAACUAGCGUUUCGAAGCUUGCCAAGCUUAGAAACCUUCAUCUUGCUAACAACGAUUUGAUUGGCCAAAUUCCUGCAAGUAUUGGUUUGAUUUCUAGCCUUCGGAUACUUGAGUUGUCUAACAAUUCGUUCCAAGGAAACAUUCCUUCUUCCUUGGGCCGGCUCAAGAAUCUGGUAAGACUUGAUCUCACAAUGAAUUACUUGAACUCAACCUUACCUUCUGAGAUUGGCCUCUGCACAAGGCUGACCUACUUGGCCUUAGCUCUGAAUCAACUCAGCGGAGAACUGCCCUUGUCCUUGUCAAAUCUGAAUGACAUUGUCGAGCUUGGUUUGUCUGAUAACCUUUUCUCUGGAGUGAUCUCAGCUGGCCUGUUUGUUAAUUGGAAACACUUGGGAUCUCUGCAACUUCAAAACAACUUAUUGUCAGGGAACAUUCCACCGGAAAUAGGGAAACUGACUAAUCUCAGUAUUCUUUUCCUGUACAACAAUACACUCUCUGGUCCAAUCCCCUCAGAGAUUGGAUACCUGGAAAGUUUGUCUCUUCUUGACCUUUCAGGAAACCAACUCUCAGGUCCAAUUCCUCCACCAAUCUGUAAUCUGACGAGCCUCGACACCCUGAAUCUCUUCUCCAACAAUCUCAGUGGCACCAUUCCACCAGAGGUUGGAAACAUGAGAUCACUGAGAGUCCUUGACCUCAACACCAAUCAAUUGUCUGGGGAGUUGCCAGACACCAUUUCUGGCCUCCGCUCUCUGGUGUCAAUCAGCCUGUUCACCAACCAUUUCGUAGGCACCAUUCCUAGAGACCUUGGGAAGAACUCGCCUUCUCUGCAACGUGCUAGCUUUUCCAACAACAGCUUCAGUGGAGAGUUGCCACCUGAGCUAUGUAGUGGUUCAGCCCUGCAGCAGCUGACUGUCAAUGAUAACAACAUCACAGGGUCACUGCCUUCUUGUUUGAAGAAUUGCUCGGAGCUAGUUAGAAUCCGGGUGGAUGGGAACCACUUCACUGGUGACAUCACCAAUGCGUUUGGAGUCCAUCCAAAUCUUGUUUUCGUUUCUCUUGCAGAGAAUCAUUUUGUGGGGAAGAUUUCUGGGAUGUGGGGAGAAUGCCAGAAUCUCACCAACUUGCAGAUCGAUGGGAACAAGAUUACUGGUGACAUUCCUGCUGAACUUGGAAAGUUGACUAAUUUGCGGGUGCUAGCUCUGGGAUUCAAUGACUUGACAGGGAAAAUCCCUUCCGAGUUGGGAAACCUGAGCUUGUUAUACAGGCUUAGCCUGAGCAACAAUGACUUAACAGGCGAGAUUCCUCCUAGCCUGGGGGACUUGUCAAAGCUUGAAUCUCUUGAUUUGUCUGAUAAUAACCUGAUUGGAGUCAUUCCAGAGCUGCUUGGCAACUGUGAGAAGCUCUCGAGCUUGGACUUGAGCCACAACAAUCUAUCAGGUGAAAUCCCAUCGCAGCUGGGCAACCUGAUUGCAUUGCAGUACCUGUUGGAUCUCAGCAGCAACUCAUUUUCUGGUGAAAUACCUCAGAAUCUGGGGAAGCUGACAGCGCUGGAGAGUCUCAACUUGUCUCGUAACGAUUUCAUGGGGAAGAUUCCGACUGCCAUAUCGUCCGGCUUGCUGAGUCUGCGUUCCAUUGAUUUCUCAUACAACAACCUGACUGGGCCCGUCCCGACCGGUAACAGCUUGUUCCACAAUGCAUCUUCAGAAGCUUUUGCUGGAAACCCAGGCUUGUGCGGAAGCAAUAUUGCAGGUUUAUCUCCAUGCGGCCCUUCGGGGGCCGUUCGACCCUCCUCCCGGUUUAACAAGAAGGUUCUCUUUGGUGUCAUUGUUCCAGUUCUGGGGCUAGUGGGGUUAGCAGCUACUUUAUUAACUGUCAUGGCAUGUCGCCGCCGGCAAGACCAUCUUGCUGAUGAAGAGGCUAAAAAAAGCAUGAACAAGUACGAGGCUUCCACCUCAGUGAUAUGGGACAGGGACGGAAAAUUCACGUUUGGGGAUGUCUCCAAGGCCACUAAUAACUUCAACGACAAGUUCUGCAUCGGGAAGGGAGGGUUCGGCAGUGUUUACAGAGCAGAGUUGGGAACAGGACAAGUUGUGGCAGUGAAGAAACUGAAUGCUCCCAGUUGUUCCUCCGACGGAGAAGUCUCUGCAGUCAACCGACAGAGUUUCGAGAACGAGAUCAGGAUGUUGACGGAAGUGAGGCACAGGAACAUCAUCAAGCUGUAUGGGUUCUGUUCCAGAGGAGGGUGCUUGUACUUGGUCUAUGAGUUCAUUGAGAGGGGGAGCCUGGGGAAAGUGUUGUAUGGUGUAGAAGGGGAAGCAGAGCUCGGCUGGGGUACGAGGAUCAAGAUCGUACGAGGCCUGGCUCAUGCGAUCGCCUACCUCCACCAUGAUUGCACCCCUCCAAUCGUGCAUCGAGACAUAUCCGUGAACAAUGUUCUGGUGGAGUCAGACUUCGAGCCUCGACUUGCUGAUUUCGGCACAGCUCGACUGCUCGCCACAGAUUCCUCCAAUUGGACAUCCGUUGCCGGUUCUUAUGGCUACAUGGCUCCAGAGCUGGCAGUAACAAUGCGGGUGACAGACAAAUGUGAUGUGUACGGCUUCGGAGUGGUCACACUGGAAAUCAUGAUGGGAAAGCACCCCGGAGAGUUUCUGUUGUCACUGUCGUCGUCUCCAGCAGAUGAUCCUGAGAUAUGCAUGAAUGAAAUUCUGGACCCGAGGCUUCCUCUUCCGACGGGUCAGCUAGCGGAGGAGGUGGUUUUCGUACUCACAGCUGCAUUGGCCUGCACCCGGACGAAGCCUGAGUCACGACCCACCAUGCGGUUCGUGGCUCAGGAAAUCUCGGCGCAAACCCAGCCAUGCGUGGCGGAGUCACUGGACAAAGGGAAGAUUACGGUUAACAAGCUCGCUGGGCUCGACAAGGACAGGCGUCCUGGAGAGAGCUUUUCGAUGUAGCCGGCUGAGGUCGUCGCGUCGUGGCUGCUUGAGUAAUGUAUAGUUUACAUCUUUCUUGGUCAGGAUUAGCAACUUAUGUAACAUAGAUAUGUAUACGUGACAUUAUGUCUACUUGAUAAUUUUGGGCUUGGCUUGUAUUUUAUACCCGUGAUGUCUGCUUCCACUCUCAUUAGUUAACAAAAUGGGUGUUUAAAGAGGACUUGUGUUCGUUUGUUUUUGCCUUUAGAUAGCGAGAUAGAUCUUGUUCAAACCAACUAGUAACUUGCUUAAUGAGGUUCGCGGCUCGAACUCACCACCCUCUCCGGUUUUCGUCUCGUCAGUUCGCAUUGUCAUCAAUUGUAAUCGUAUAAUCGGUUUAUUUUGUCGAUUAACUAGCUAACCGUUGUUGAACAAGUGAUUCGAUUAUUUUGUAUGUAUAUUACACUUACUAAGUUACUUUGUUGAUUGUCUCUGUCAUACAAAAGUAUUAAAAUAGGAAUGAAACUUUACUGCCUUUAGAGUAAUCAAACCUUAAAUUUCAA